AUGGCGAGCUCUAGCCGCAAUGGCGCUUCAAUGGAUGGGGACGAUGAUGCCCUCAUAUCCACGCGAGGUUUAGAAGCUUUCGGGAGGAAAGUAACCACGACAGCCGGACACCUGAUGGGACCGUUAGACCCGACAUCCUCUACCCACUACCAAAAUGCAAUGAGCGACUUACAGAAGCAAUUGAGACGGCCGAAUUUGCAGAGAAGUGUGUUCUCGUUUGCCAAAACAUCGCCUACGGAUCUCGUCCGCUCGAAGCUUUCGACCUCGGAGAUCCAGUAUCGCGCCCUGACAUACUUACCUGACGAACUUCUGGCCAAUAUUCCUGAUAACGAUAAUGCAUACUCUUUGUUCCAAGGUUUCCAGGCCACAUUGCCAGAGAGCAGUCCAGAUGGCAAAAAGCACAAGAGGCGAAUAUCGAGAGGUAGAAAGCUGCUCGAGGAUGAUAAGUCCGACUCAGACAGUCCGCCAUCUAUUGCGAAGCUCAGAAAGGAACAGAACUCUCUUAAUCAUCGCCUCGAGAUGAUGGGAAUUCGAAAGAAUAUGGCAAGUAGUGAGAUAAGGGAGAUAGAUAACAAGAUAUCUAAUCUCAAUUAUAUGAGGAAGAUAGUUUUGGAUAGGUUGGCGGGGCUGGAGCAAGAAGAGGCCAUGUUAGAACAUGACAUUUUGGACGUUGAAAACCGGUUAGACGACGCACAAGAACAAUUAGACGAUGCUGCAGCGUUCGCUGAAGCUGCAAAGUCAGAGGAGGACCAGGAUCUGAAUUUGGAAAAUCCAAGUACGGAUACUGAGUUCAUGUCCGAGUCAAUAUAUGAGAAACUUCCGGCGGAGAACACAACUCCUACCCGCGCAAAACGCCAUAAAACCAUAAGGCGAAAGUCGAUGCCAAUUCUACACGAGCACUUUGAGCCUGGGUCCAAGAUUCGAGAGCUUCGUGCCCAUAACGAUUCAAUAACAGCCUUGGACUUCGAUGUCCCAUUUGGUACCAUGGUUACUUCUGCUCUAGAUGAUACCGUACGGGUGUGGGACCUGAACGCGGGACGCUGUAUAGGACUAUUGGAAGGACACACUGCAUCUGUCAGAACUCUUCAAGUCGAGGACAACAUUGUGGCAACAGGAUCGAUGGACGCAACUAUUCGACUUUGGGACCUGAGCAAAGCACGUUACGAUCCUCAAGACAACCGGAUUAAUAAGGAUGGUGAAGAUGAUGAGGAUCAUUUGGCAUUCGGUAAUCCUGAGGACGAGGAACCUGAGCCACCCCCGGGAACCAUGGGAGACUGUCCACUCUUCACUUUAGAGGCCCAUGUUGAUGAGAUAACCGCGUUGCAUUUCAAAGGAGACACUCUCAUAUCCGGGUCAGCUGACAAGACAUUACGGCAGUGGGAUCUUGAGAAGGGACGUUGUGUACAAACCCUGGACGUGAUGUGGGCAGCAGCACAAGCCUCAGCAACUAUGGGGUCUAGUGAGGGAGCAUGGCGCCAGACUGGCAAAGUGCCUGAUGGCUCAGCUGACUUUGUUGGAGCUGUCCAAGUUUUUGAUGCUGCUCUGGCAUGUGGAACAGCGGAUGGCAUGGUUCGCCUUUGGGACUUGCGGAGUGGACAGGUUCAUCGAAGUUUGGUUGGCCACACGGGUCCUGUCACUUGUCUGCAAUUCGAUGAUGUACAUUUGAUUACAGGUAGCUUAGAUCGCAGCGUGAGAAUUUGGGAUCUCAGGACAGGAGCAAUUUUCGAUGCGUAUGCAUAUGAUGCGCCUAUCACUAGCAUGAUGUUUGAUAACCGCAGAAUUGUAACAGCAGCAGGCGAAGACGUAGUUAAGGUGUACGAUAAAAGCGAUGGCCGCCACUGGGAUUGUGGAGCAGGUGUGACUGCCGAGGAAGAUGGAAAGACACCUGCAAUUGUAGAAAAGGUUAGAAUCAAGGAUGGCUACUUAACCGAAGGGCGGAAGGACGGCAUCGUGGGCAUUUGGACAUGUUAG